CCAGAUAAGGCAGCCAUUUUUCCUUUGCUCUGCUUGGUCUCUUCUCUCUUUCUAUUCAGUUUGAGAUAUUAAAACUCUCUGCCCACGAAAAUGGGUUCUAUUUACCGAUUUGCCAUCCUUACCUCUGUUCUAUUCUUCCUAUCCUCUGUUGUUCAUCCCACUGUAGCUACUGGUAGGAAGCUUUCGGCUCUUGUUCAAGAACAGCCUCUUGUGCUGAAAUACCAUAAUGGUUUGCUUUUGAAGGGGAAUAUCACCGUUAAUCUGAUAUGGUAUGGGACUUUUACUCCCAUCCAACGGUCCAUAAUCGUGGACUUUAUCCAGUCCCUUAAUUUCCGUCGGGCCACACUUCCUUCGGCUUCGUUGUGGUGGAAAACGACGGAGAAGUACAAAGGUGGUGGUUCGUCCAACCUCGUCGUAGGGAAACAAAUCCUUCACGAAGCCUAUACUUUGGGAAAGAACCUCAAGAACAUACACUUGGUGGCUUUGGCUGGGAAAAUCAACGGCUUGAAUUCCAUCAACGUUGUUCUGACGGCUAAAGACGUGGCCGUUGAUGGGUUCUGCCUAAGCAGAUGUGGGACCCAUGGUUCUAGGCCUAUUAGCGGAAAAGCCCGGCAGGCUUAUGUUUGGGUCGGUAAUUCGGAGCUCCAGUGUCCUGGUCAAUGCGCGUGGCCUUUUCACCAGCCCAUUUACGGCCCGCAAACUCCCCCGCUAGUCGCUCCAAACGGCGACGUUGGGAUCGACGGGAUGAUCAUAAACUUGGCUACGGUUCUGGCGGGAACGGUGACGAAUCCUUUCAAUAAUGGCUACUUCCAGGGACCGGCUACCGCACCACUGGAAGCCGUCUCGGCUUGCACGGGAAAGUUCGGCUCGGGUGCUUAUCCGGGUUACCCAGGUCAGGUUCUGGCGGAUAAGAUCACUGGGGCGAGCUACAAUGCGCACGGGGUGAAUGGGCGCAGGUUCCUCCUGCCUGCCAUGUGGGACCCCCAGACUUCCGCUUGUAAGCCGCUGGUGUGAUGACGUAGAGGAAGAUGAUUGGAAGGAUGUUGUACGUUCUGUACACAUGGCGGCUCUUGGAGCAUAUAAUGGUUGUAGAUAUAUUAGCGUUUUGUACACACACUACUUCCAAGGUUUGUCGUUUUGUUUGACGUGUAAAUUGGUGUGUUUUGCUUAAAAAAAUGUGAGAAAAAGUUAAAGUAAUGAAUAAUGAUUAUAAUUAUUA